UUCAACACUGUACUUCGAUCUCAAAUUUCAACCACAAAUUGUUGCAAUCUUCAUAGUCACCAGCAUACUUGCCUCUCAUGACGAAUUCCGAUCCUCCGCCAAAGCAUCCGCAUUCAAGUGGCGGUGCUCCGACGUCAAUCCUCCUUGAUGAACUCAUCACAGACAUCCUGUCACGACUUCCUGUCAAAACUCUUAUGCAAUUCAAAUGUGUUUGCAAAUCUUGGAAAACCCUAAUUUCUCAUGAUCCUUCCUUCGCCAAACUGCAUCUUCAGCGAUCGCAGCGGAACACACACCUCGCACUGGUUUCAGACCUGUCGUCUGAAGACCAGUCCAAUUGCAGUGUGGUACCCUUUCCCGUAAGUCAUUUGCUUGAGGCUCCGUUAAUCGUCACACCCUUCGAACCUUACUACCCAUUGAGGAAUGUCGCCAUUCCUAACGAUCCUUACUACGUAUUGGGUAAUAUGGAUUGCAGUCUCAUCAUUGGUUCCUGCAAUGGAUUGCUCUGUUUAGACAGUUAUUCUUACACGUACGAGGACCAAGAACAUCAUUGGUUUCGUUUUUGGAACCCAGCCACAAACACAUUAUCUGAAGAUUUAGGGUGUUUAAACAAGUUUUUGAGGCUAACAUUUGGAUAUGAUAUUUCAAAUGACACUUAUAAGGUGGUGGCCUUUUCUGCCGACGAGGUCAAAAUUUUCAGUUUGAGUGAUAAUAUUUGGAGAGAUAUUCCAAGUUUUCCCAUUGUUCCUUUUGAUAUCGACGCUAGUCGUUGUCAUCCAUAUGUGAAUAAUGGUGUUUAUGUGAGUGGCACUAUUAACUGGUUGACUAUUCAAAAUAAGACCGAAUAUGAGUGGAAUGAUAUUUCAAUUGAUCAAUUUCUCAUCCUCUCACUUGAUCUGACUACCGAGACGUACCAACAUUUGCGGCCACCUCAGGGAUUUGUUGAUGUACCACCUGUUGAUCCAGCUGUUACUGUAUUGAUGGAUUGUCUAUGUUUUUCUCACCGUUCCAAGGAGACCCAUUUUGUUUUAUGGUUGAUGAUGGAGUACGGAGUUCAAGACUCUUGGACUCAAUUCCUCAAAAUUAGUUUUCAGGACCUUCAAAUUGAUUAUGGCAUUAGUGAUUCACUGGAUUAUGGUUCUCAAUUGUAUUUGUAUCCAUUGUACCUUUCUGAGAGUGACAACACACUUAUAAUGGCAAGCAAUCAAGAAGGCCACGAUGGUUAUGACAACCAUGCAAUUCUCUAUAAUUGGAGAGAUAAAACGGUAGAGCAAAUUACAUCUGUUGACAAUGAAAUAUUGUGGUUUCAUACCAAGGAUUAUGUUGAAAGCUUAGUUUCAACCUUUUGAGAGGCCAUGGCCUUAACUUCAAGCAUUUUUGGCGUUAUUGAUGGUCGAUGCACGAUGGUAGGAAGAAAGGAAAAAAAAAGAGACUUAUUGGAGCUGCAUUUUCUUUGGUUUUAGUACUCAUGUUGUAUAAGACAUUCUGGCCCUCUUGAUGCCUCUUUUGGACUUCUUUGAAAGUGUUGUGGAAAUUUACCACAAUAUUUGUGAUGUUUUGCAACAGUACUCUUGCUUGUGUAAAGGCUAGUGCAAGUCUCCAACUGUUUGUGAAGUAUAUUAAUAAUAUUUUUGUAGUUGCAUAAUAUUUACAUUUAACAAUAUAUCAAUUGCAUGGUUGGAUGAUC